AUGAACCUACACACAUCGUUUGCCGGGAUGAGCUCUUUUGAAAAUGGAGACUUUCAAGCACAUGGCACAGGCAAUGAUAAUGGCAACGGCAAUUAUCGAGACAAUCGCCGUGACAAUCACCGUGACGAUCAAUCUCACUAUCACUCUCACAAUUCCUCUCAAAAUCAAAACUAUGGGCACAGCCCCAACUAUCGAGGCCCCCAGGGCAAAUGGAACUCUGGCAAUGGUCAUGGCAAUGGCAACUUCAAUCAAAGCCUAAACCCAAACUACAAGGGCAAGAACUUCAAUCCCAACUAUCGCGGGAAGAACUUCAAUUCAAACAAUCAAGGCCCUCGGGGAGGAUCAGUCAAAGACGUGCGCAGCAGCCCAGAGCCUCAUCUUGAUGGUCAAGGACCGUUCUCUGGUGCUCAAUGCAAUCGUCGCAAUCGCAAUCGCAAUCGCAAUAACAAUUAUACUCUGCCGCCAAAGUUCAUCAAAUCCCUGGAGGAGGAUAUCCUCAUGUCUGAGGCACCUCCAGUGGAGUCAAUGGACUACUAUUCCACUGAUGUUGAAAUGACCGAUGCUCCUGCGCUCUCAAAUGAUUCAAGAAUUGAGGUGUUCAAUGCUGGUGCAGAAGCUGUGCAGCAAAUUGUGGGUAUUCCCAUCGCAGCCGCUUGCCCUGGAUCCUUCUUCCUCAGGGCAAAGAAAGUGAUCAUGAAGAUGGCAGCUGAUCUGAACCUCACCUGUGUUCCCAAAUGA